GCUGGAGUAACGCAUCUGCAACUGACAGUGAAAAUGAAACGCAUCUGACAAGAAGAAGGAAGGAAGAGUAUAAGAAGAAGAAGAAGAAGAAGAAAGUAACCUGUGGUUUCCGGCUUCACCAGACAGCGGAGCUACAUUGUAAACACAACGCCUCCAUUUUCAAACCCGUCCGGAGAAGCAUCGCACAUCACCGCUGAACAUGGGGGCCGUACUCGGGCUUUGUUCCAUGGCCAGUUGGAUUCCUUGCCUGCUGUGCAGAUGCUGCCCGAGUGGAAACAACUCCACAGUCACUCGGCUGAUCUAUGCCUUCUUUAUGCUGCUGGGUGUGGGCAUCGCCUGCAUCAUGCUCAUGCCAGGCAUGGAGGAGCAUCUGAAGAAGAUUCCAGGCUUUUGUGAAGGAGGAAUGGGGUCGUCCAUCCCGGGAGUCAAAGGUCAUGUGAAUUGCGAUGUGCUUGUGGGCUAUAAGGCCGUGUAUCGUGUGUGCUUUGGGAUGGCCAUGUUCUUCCUGCUCUUCUCUCUCAUCAUGGUAAAGGUCAAGAGCAGCCAGGACCCAAGAGCUUCUGUGCAUAACGGGUUUUGGUUCUUCAAGUUUGCGGCUGCCACUGCUAUUACAGUUGGAGCUUUCUUCAUUCCUGAAGGCCCUUUUACUACUGUCUGGUUUUACAUAGGCAUGGCUGGAGCGUUCUGUUUCAUCCUCAUCCAACUGGUGCUCUUGAUCGACUUUGCUCACUCUUGGAACGAGUCCUGGGUGGAGAAAAUGGAUGAGGGAAACUCUCGUUGCUGGUAUGCAGCUCUUCUGUCUGCCACAACCAUCAACUACGCUCUGUCACUGAUCUCUCUGGUCUUGUUCUAUGUGUAUUACACUCACUCCGAUGGCUGCACUGAGAACAAAGUCUUCAUCAGCAUCAACAUGCUGCUGUGCGUUGGUGCAUCUGUCCUGUCUGUCUUACCUAAAAUCCAGGAGUCCCAACCCAGGUCUGGUCUCUUGCAGUCCUCCAUUGUUACUCUGUACACCAUGUAUCUGACCUGGUCUGCCAUGACCAAUGAGCCUGACCGCAGAUGCAACCCUAGCUUGCUUGGCAUUAUUGGACUCAACAGCACCACCCCUGCUGGUCAGGACCGUGUUGUUCAGUGGUGGGAUGCCCAGGGCAUUGUGGGCUUGAUUUUGUUCCUGAUGUGUGUGCUGUACUCCAGCAUCCGCAACUCCAGCAAUUCCCAAGUGAACAAACUGACCCUCACCAGCGACGAGUCUGCUCUGAUCGAGGAUGGUCCCGCUCCAGAGAACUUUGAAGUGGGUGAUGGCACCAACCGUGCCAUUGACAAUGAGAAGGAUGGAGUCACCUAUAGCUACUCUUUCUUCCACUUCAUGCUCUUCUUGGCUUCUCUGUACAUCAUGAUGACACUGACAAACUGGUACAGCCCUGAUGCCAAUUAUCAGACUAUGACCAGCAAGUGGCCCUCUGUGUGGGUGAAAAUCACCUCCAGUUGGAUCUGCAUUUCUCUGUACGUGUGGACCCUGGUGGCUCCGCUGGUCCUCACCAACCGUGAUUUCGACUGAGAGGACGGAUAGAAAUAAAAGCUUGCAAUUAGAAUCCGCCAUUACUUAUGUGAAUAUCCACAUGUAUAGGUAUAGUAGGGUCUAAAUGUAAAUACUUGUGAGUGUUUUGUUCGUUCAGCUGACCCUACAUGUGUUGUUGUUUUUUUAACCUUGCAUGCUUUUAUGUAGGUGUUUAUUAGUUCAUAUAAGAGCUGAAAUAAAUGAAGAACAUGGCUUGGGUUUCCUGUGAUGUGAUGUUAAUAUUUCCUUCAAGAAUGUGUUCUUCAAAAUUAAGGAUAAUGUAACCUUGAUUAAUAAUCUCUGUAUGCUCUAAAAAAA